GCAAACACCCAAACCGGCAGACCGGGCAAACGAGGCCGAGGCAAGCCCAGGAGGAAAGGGGAGCGGAGGGGUCGAUCUCGAGCCGGGACGGCGAGGCUGGUCAGCGCAGACGGACACAAGGACCGCGGCCGAGUGGAGAUCUUCGUGCGGGGCGAAUGGGGCACGGUGUGCGACGACAUGUUUAACAUACAGGCUGCGGCGGUGGUCUGCAGGCAGAUGGGGUUUCCCGUGGCUCUGCGGGUGGCGAAGAGAGCCGAGCUCGGGGCGGGAGGCGUCGGCGUCAGAAUCCUGCUGGACGACGUGGAGUGCGAAGGAACCGAACGAACUCUACUGCACUGCAAACAUGCCAAACUAGGCAAAAACAACUGCUCUCAUGACGAGGAUGUAGGGGUGGUUUGUG